AUGAGCACCCUCGCCUUCCCCGCUUUCGAGCGGGCUCAACAGGAGCAUAUGGGCUUUGAUCGAUCCGCUGAGGCGCUGUAUCAAUCGGUCGCUGAUGCAGUGAAUGCCCCUCCGAGCAGCGGUCCUCCAACAGACCGCCAUCGAAGCGUCUCGGACGCGGCUUUGAUCGAUAAGGUCGGCUCGUCAUCACAACCAGCAUUGGGCAACAGUCAAACCGAACCAACAGAUCCUCCGAAGCCCAAGAUCACCAAGCGUGUAAAUGCUCGUCUUCAGCUCGCAGCUGCCCUCAUCGAAGCAGACAACGACCGCAUCCUUGAAAAGGCUCAAUUCUGGCACAUCUACCAUCCACCACAGACGAUCGAACCUCUCCGUCCACCACCACCUCCACAACCCGCACUCGCAAGCCAGAGUGCCAUCUUUGCUCCCUUCAGGGAAGGCGCGAGUCUCGCUGUCAAGCGUCACGUUCGAACAUGGAGCGCCGCUACCCGUCUUUCUCGCCUGAUCGAUCCCGAUGAUGAUGGCAGGCGGCCCAGCAUCGACUUCCUUGGCGUUGCUCUUCCCACGGAACAAAAGGCCCGCAGCCGUGCUGGCAGCAGUGUUGCUGGUCUCAUCGGCACAGAGGGUCCUCGCAGUCGAAGCAACAGUCUUUUCUCCAAUGCUGCUACUUCGGUCCUUGGUCGUACUUCCAAGCUUGGAUCUCGCCCUGCAAGUCUCUUGGACCCAGAAGGCGCGGGUGGCGCUGACGUCGAUGCGGACGCUCUCACCGAUUGGGGAGUCGACAAGUUUCUCAGCAAAGAGGAGAAAGAGCGAAUGGCUGCAGGUCAACGCAGUCGUGCUCAGAGUCUUGCCGGUAGCAACGGUGCACGUUCUUCCUUCGAGCAGCUCACACCUUCGCUCACAACUCGUAAGUCCUUAGACAUCGAUCGAGCUGCUCCUCAAUCGGCACCCGUGCCCAACAGAGCCAGUUCUGAGAUUGUCGGCGCAUCGGCAUCCACUGCCGCAAACGGCUCUGUCCGGGAUUCCAAGCUUGAAUUGUUAGCAAAGAUCAAGCUUUAUCGAGAACGUCAAGAGAACCUCCCUCCUUCGGAAUGGGAUGGACCCGGCCCGACAGCCACUAAGGACGAGGUCGUCGAACAUAUCAUCGCUUCCUCGGAUGGCAACAAGCGCGUAUCUCUUCGACAAGCUUCUCGAGAAUUGAGCGAGGCUCCCGCUGCAUCGACAACGACUGCAAUUCAACAGGAUCACGGCCUCACGCAGAGCACUCACACUACAGGCUCUGUCACAAGUCAACCCCGUCCUUCCUCGCGCGCCGACUCAACCUCCUCCUCGGCCUUCUUGGCAGCGCCGACCGUAAAGGAAUCAGAAACAGUCGCUGUUCCUGAACCUGACGCUGGGCCCAGCGAAGCUGCGACCACAAUGCAUCCUCCGUUAGCUUCAACUUCCGAAGCUAACGCUCUUGGUGCUCAAGCUCAGCCAGCAGCGUCACAAGACCCCGCGCAUGCCUCUGACACUACACCCGCACUGACGAUGAACCUUUCGCAGAGUCAGGCUAUUCCCAUCCCGACAUCAGGACAUAUGGCUCCAGCAGAACAACCCGGCGACGCAGAGGUCCUCGACAUGGUCGGUAUCGGCUCCUACUCUAGAAGUCAAUCACGACGCAACUCCUUGCUGGGAGGGCCAAUGUUCAACCCGCACGGCCUCAGCACUAGCCCGUUGGCAGGUAAGGGCGCAGAACAGUCGAACCUCAUACCCUCCUCCCCAUUUCAGUCUUCCGUACCAAAAGCACCGUCCCCUUUGAACCACACCAGGCUUCCUAGUCGAGGAUGGGUUCAAGAUCAGUUUGCCGAGCAUGAUCUUGGUCUGGGUCCCAGCCCAUUUGCAGCUGCGCUUCAAGCCGCCAGUCCCAGUUUUAACAACCUCGCCGAGUUUCGCAACAACGAUGCAGGUCCGGGUGCGAAUGUUGCUGCCUCUCCUUCGAUCGACUUCAACAGCCUGAGCACUCGCCAGCUGCAGAACGUGGCGCGCAACUCCACCUUCCCUUCCUUCCUCGGCAUCAAUCGUGAUUUGCUGGCAGAGGAAGAGAUCGAAGGCCCAGAUGCUCUGCUGCAAGGCGACGAGAUUGGUCCGGUCUCGAAGCGCAAGCGCCAGUCGUCUUUCGACAUCAAUUCGCUCGCCCAGGACAUCGCGCAGACUGGCGGCGAGAACUUUGAGAUUCAACUUGGUGGCGGAGCAGCACCAGAUCUAUCAUCAGCAAACUGGGGAAAGCCUCGCAAAAAGUGGUUCCGUCUCAGCAUGAUGAUGGACGCAAAGGGCAAGCCAUCCAAGCCGAAGAAAACGACAGCCACAGAUGGUGCAGAGGGAGACGGCGAAUCUGAUGCCGAGAUGUUCCAUGGUACUGCUGCAGCGGUCGAUCAACCAAAGGCGACGGAAGAAGAUGGUGGCGACCGUUCAGAGCUGUAUGCUGCCGAGCCAGCUGCCGACAUGUCCGCUGAGGCCGUUGCACCUGAGAACGACAACGACUCGGACGGCAUCGACGAUGACUACAUCAGCCCGCCCCGAAAAGGUCCACUUCGUCCCCGCGGACUAGCUGUUCGCAUGCCAAAGACCAUCAUCAUGCCACAACCCUUGCAAGGUACUGAGUUCGCUCCCAAACUUCGCCUCACCGAUGCCAUGCCUACUGCCAUGGAAGAUCCAGUGCAGACCAAGCGUCACAGUUUGCACGUACCCGAUGGCUUUGUACUGCAUGACAGUCGAGGUGGAUUGCCACCCAUGCGCAGCCUCGUUGUGCACAGUGCAAACGGCCCUCAACCCCUAUUCACAGUGAAAGGCGGCAAGAAGAAAGAUAAGCAGACUCCAGCUCAGCUCAAGGCUGUUGAAGUUGGGCGAAUGGUGCAAGUGCCGGCAGCCGCGCCCCGAGGCAUUGGAAGGCGAGCUGCCGCGCCGACAACUGCUCUCUUCCGCAACCAUCUCGUCCAGCACGAUGACGAGCGCGAGGGUUGGGGCUGGGAGGCAGGCACGCGUGUCGACGACAUCUUCAAUCCUGACAAGGAUACCGAUUCUUCUGACGAUGACAUGCCGCUUGCAGAUAUCAAGAAGCAGAGUCGCUCUGCCAAACGCGCUGCCAAACGCCUUGCCAAGGAGAAGCGCAAACGCAAAGCUGCACGAAGGAUCCGACGCGCAAAGCGUGAGGAGGCACUCAAGCAGGGCAAGUCGUUCGAGGAAGUCGGUGUCGAAGAGCUCAGUCCAGACGAGGAUCUCGAUCUCAGCAGCACUACUAGCGAAGAGGAGGGUACCGAGACAGACACUGAGUCAGACCUCUGGGCUAGCGAUGACGACAAGCGCUGGGUCGAUGACAGCAAGCCGGCCGGCAAGCUGUAUGGCAAGAGUCUUCUUGACCUGGCUACCGAACGCAACACCGAGCGCAAGUCGAAGGCUCGAUUCUACGGUCAGGUUCAGCUUGAAGACGGAGAGACAACCAUGCUUCAGGUCGAUGGAGAUGACGGUAAAGCCGUUUCGCAGCGCAAUGGUGUUUUAGGCAAUGGAGCUUCUUCUGUCUACGACGAUGGAGCGUCGGUGGCCCCGAGCGUUGCGCGCAGCUUCAGAGACAAGCCAAUUGGCUACAACGACACACGUGAGCGUAUGGAGGCUGUCUUUGGUGCUGAUCAAAUCUGGGCGCGAGAGAUGGCCAAGAGAGAGGAAGAGGAGGCUCGCGAGGCGCAGGAGGCCAAAGCAAGGGCUGAGGCCGAGGCAGCAGCUCAGCAGCAAGCGGAGGCUCUUGCGAAAAGCAAGAAGGAGCGUGGCCUCUUCACAAUUGGCAAGAAGAACAAGAAGCAGCGUGAGACCGUGCUCGGCAUGUCGAACACUUCGGCUGUUGGCAGCACCGUUAGCGUCGUCGCUUCUAACGCUGGUGCUCCUUCGUUUGCUCCAUCUCAGGCAAUUUCGCACGAGCGCAAAGACACGGAUGAGGCUGGUUUGCCUACUCGAGUUCAAACACCAGUGGAGCCACCUGUCAUCACACUGGAUAUAGGAGACGCCGAUCAGGAGCUCAUCGAAGGUCAGCGAGGUCGAAGGACGCCCGCAUUACUUGCCGGAGAGGAGAUGGCCGCAGAAGAGUGGCUCAUCUCCUCGGAUGUCGAGGCUGAGUAUGCAAAGAACAACGACUCGAGCGACGAUGACAUUCCCCUUUCUCAGGUCAAGAAGAACGUAGCAUCGCGUCCGGUCUCGCUGGCUGCUGGCCUCUCGCUGCAGCCGAAUGAGGCAGGCGAUGGCGAGUCGUCCGACGAAGAGCUGCCUCUAGCGGCGCUGAAGGAGAAGCGUACUCGUCAGUCGAUGCUUCUGGGCGGAGGAAAGCUGAAUCUCGACUUUUCGUCCAUGAACCAGAGCCCAACCAAGAACGCAAACCUGGCGGUGAACUUGGGCUCUCCGUCGGUUCAUUCCGGCAGUGUUCGAGAGAGCUUUGCCCCUGAUGGAGCCAGGUCGCCUCUUGCACAGGGAGCAUACGCAACAGCGGCCAAUGCAGGAGACGACGAUGAUUCUGACGAGGACCUGCCUCUCGGGCAGCGACAUCCUGGAGGUGACGCGGCUCUCUUGACCAUGCGUACAGCCUUGGAAAAUCAGAAGCGGGCACUCAAGGAGGCCAAGCAAGCUGAAAGGGCAAAGAAGCGGGCUGCCAAGCUUGCGCGCCAAGUGAGCACAGACGAUGCUGGCGCAGAUGGGGAAGAGGCAGAGGUGAAUGCAAAUGGCCACACGGAAGAUGGCGGCGACGACGCGAGCGAUGACGAUGACGAUGACGAUGACGAUGAUGACAGCGAAGACGAUAAGCCGCUGGGUUAUGUGCACCCGCAAGCUGCCAUCAUCGCCGAGCAAGCUGCUAUCAUCCGCCAACUGCAGUCAGAAAAGGAGCAACAGCCGCAACAGCAACGGCAAUCCCCCUUGGCCGGGCUUUCACCAUCUGGUUCUGGCAUUUUGUCUCCGUCCGGCAUGGAUGUGCGUCCUUCGGUCAUGUUGAACCGUAUGAGCGGACUGCCAAGCAUGGGAGCCAUGGGCGGAUUUGGAGGCAUGGGUAUGGCUGAUCCUCGACAGUCAAUGAUCGGUCUGCCGAUGACUGGAUCGAUGAUGAUGGGUGGUAUGCCUCAGUGGGAUGGUAUGCCAGCUCCUUCGUCUGGCUUGCCAAUAGGCAUGUCGAUGCCGAUGGGGAUGGGCGGAGCAUCGCCGAUGGCAUCCGGGUCUCAGAUUGGCGUUUCGGGAGCCAUGUCACCAGCCAUGACGAUGCCUAUGAUGGCUGGUACUCCGCAGAUUGGUGCACCGAUAACACCGGGCGCAAUGACGAUGAUGCUGGAUCCAAAGGUGUCGUCGAUCCACAACUGGCGAACGCAGGUGCCUCCCGAUGCUACAGCCGCUGUCACUCCUCCUGGCGGCGCUUCGACUGUCAACUCUUCCUGA